AUGGCAUCAAAAACUCAUCCAGAACCAAAUAAUUCGUUCCUCGUGGAAAUCUCACAGAUCGAACAGAGUAUCAACGAUAUUCAAAAAAACAUUUCACUUAUUAAAAACCUUCAAGAUCAACUUUUAAUCUCUACUUCGGCUUAUCAAGCAAGAUCAUUUGCGAGUCAACGUGAUGAUCUACUCAAUUCUACGAGAACGUUAUUAAUCAAUGUGAAGGAUCGUAUCAAAAAGAUUGAAUAUGAAAAUACGCGUAUCCCCUCGACGAAUCCUGAGUUUGGAUUACGAAAACAACGACAUCAAUAUCUUAAAGAGAAAUUUACAAAUAUUCUCGAUGAUUACCGUGGGCUCGAAGAUCAAUAUAUGCGUCAACACAUGGAACGCUUAGCGAGACAAUACCGAGUGGUGAAUCCAGAGGCAACAGAAGCAGAAAUCAGUGAUUACCUAUCAAACCCAUCAAAUGAACCCGUAUUUCAAACAGCUCUACUGAGAUCCGGUGAAGCGCGUGAAGCAUUAGCAGAAGUACAAAAACGCCACGAAGAUAUUAAACAAAUAGAAGCGACAAUCACGGAAUUGGCACAGCUAUUUCAAGAGAUGCAACUGCAAGUUGAAGCGCAAGAUGAAGUUCUGGUGGCUGUAGAAGAGAAUGUCGAUGUUACUUUGAUAAAGACGGAGAAGGCUGAAGAAGAUCAUAAUAAUAAUGAGAAUAAUGCUAGCGCUUCUACUGUUACUGUCACAAAAUCUUUUUCUCCUACGCCUACAGUCGCAUCAGCUGCUUCCCCUUCAAAAACCGUAUCAACUGCUCUUCCUUCAAAAACUUGA